CGGGCGACAGCAGCGGCUGGGAAGCGGCUCCGGGGCCAGACCCCAGCCUCAGCGCCAGCCCCAGCGCAGACGCCGGCGCAGUCGCUGCCUAGUCCUGCUCUCCCAGGCCCCUUCCCCGGCGGCCGCGUGGUCCGGCUGCACCCGGUCAUUUUGGCCUCCAUCGUGGACAGCUAUGAGCGACGCAACGAGGGCGCCGCCCGAGUUAUCGGGACCCUGCUGGGAACCGUCGACAAGCACUCAGUGGAAGUCACCAAUUGCUUUUCAGUGCCGCACAACGAGUCAGAAGAUGAGGUGGCUGUUGACAUGGAAUUUGCUAAGAACAUGUAUGAACUGCACAAGAAAGUCUCUCCAAAUGAGCUUAUCCUGGGCUGGUACGCCACGGGCCAUGACAUCACAGAGCACUCUGUGCUGAUCCACGAGUACUACAGCCGGGAAGCCCCCAGCCCCAUCCACCUCACUGUGGACACGAGCCUCCAGAACGGCCGCAUGAGCAUCAAGGCCUAUGUCAGCACUUUAAUGGGUGUUCCUGGGAGGACCAUGGGGGUGAUGUUCACACCGCUGACAGUGAAAUAUGCGUAUUAUGACACUGAACGCAUCGGAGUUGACCUGAUCAUGAAGACCUGUUUUAGCCCCAACCGGGUGAUCGGCCUCUCCAGUGACUUGCAGCAGGUGGGCGGGGCAUCGGCCCGCAUCCAGGACGCCCUCAGCACGGUGCUGCAGUAUGCGGAGGACGUGCUGUCUGGAAAGGUGUCUGCUGACAAUACCGUGGGCCGCUUCUUGAUGAGUCUGGUUAACCAAGUCCCCAAAAUAGUUCCCGAGGACUUCGAGACCAUGCUCAACAGCAACAUCAACGACCUGCUGAUGGUGACCUACCUGGCCAAUCUCACACAGUCACAAAUUGCCCUCAAUGAGAAACUUGUAAACCUAUGAAUGGGCCCCAGGCAGCACUCCUGCCAGCCUGGGCCCCAGCCCACCCUGAGACUCAGAAUGGAGUGAAGAAGAAAUGGUUUCUUUGUGGUUCGAGUCACACUGAGUCAGUCAACUGCUUGUGACUCUAAAUAAACAUAGCCUACCUUUUGUAAAUGAA